GGUCGGACGGGCGCCGGUCGGGAGCGCAGCCGGCAGUCUCUGCAGCCGCCGCGCCGCAUGUGACUGUGAGUUCUCCGUGACGCUCAACACCGCAGGCGUGACGUGACGCACGUGACGGUGGGGCGCCACAGCAUGAGCGUGCCGUGGGACGCACCGGCUUGAUGCGAUACAGCACCAGGGCCCGACGCGCCGGAGAUCAGACGGGCUCGGGCGGCGCCAGGCCGCUGCAGCAGGUCACCAUCCCCAUGGCCGCUUGCGCCGCUCGCCGCCUCACCGCAGUUUGGCUUCGGGCGGCCACAGACGCUGUAGGGUGAGUAAGCGGACCACCGCGGAGCGCGUGCCUGGCGAGCAGCCGGACCGACGUCGCUGGCCCGAGAGCGGACCGUCGCGCCCGACGGCCGGCGCUGGAAGCUCGGCCCCUCGUUACGACGGAGUCGGCACGACCACAGGGGCGCAGUCAACGGGGCAUGACAGGGCUGCCGGUGGAGCAAGAAGACAACUUGGUGCCGCAAGAAGAGGACUUGUGCGGCGGGGGUCAGAGGCAGCUGCAGCAAAAGCCCACUGACCCCACACUCGACGUGGCCGUCCCACAGCUCGCACCACGUGAUGAGGACAAGACCAGUGACGUGGAACAGAUGGACGACCUGAUCCGAUCACGAUUGGUGAAGACAACCAGCUGGCGCGUGUUCACCAAGGGCAGCGUCUGGGACACGGUUAACAAAUCGCCGCAGCUCGGCCGGAGGGGCGCGCUGAACGUCGAGCUGCUGGCGGCCGUGCGCACCGGCGCUCAACACCUCAACCAGGCCAGUGGCGGCGCCAGCUACACGGCCCAGCACUUCCUCGACGGCCGGUACAAGCAGGUGCUGGGCGCCGGCGAAGUGUACGUGCUGCAUUUCGCCAGCGAGGCGCGGCCGGGCCGCGUGGAAACGGUGCGACUGGUGCGCCGUGCCGGUCCGCUGCUCGUCGAUGCGCAGCCCGGCUACGACCACGACCAGCUGGUGUAUGUGGUCGUGCCUUACUACCGGCGGCCGGACGCGUUCGCCGAGUUCGCCGCCAUGUUCGAGCAGCUCGUGGUCGCGCACCACGAGAACCUGCGGCUAGUCGUCAUGUUCUACUGGCGCGGCCAGCCGGCGGCACCACGUGAGCAGCUGGCUCGCGAGCGGCGCCGCGUGGCCGACACGCUGCACCGACUGAACAAGCGCGCCCGCCGUCCGGUGGCGCGCCUGGUAGACCAGGAGGCCGAGUUCUCGCGCGGCCACGCCCUGCUGGAAGGCGCACGCUCUUGGAAGGGUCACGACGACGUGCUGCUCUUCUUCUGCGACGUCGACAUGUUCUUCGACACGCAGGCACUGCACCGGUGCCGCGCCAACACCGCCCCUGGCCGGCGCGUCUACUACCCGGUGGUGUUCAGCACAUUCAGUCCGGAGCUCUACUUCCGCGCCUGGCGCAAGAAGCCAACCUCGCUCUGGCAGAUGCACCCAAUAAGUGGCGACGUGGGUUUUUGGCGGGACUUCGGCUUCGGCAUGACGUGUCAGUACAAGUCGGACUUUGACCGUGUGGCUGGCGAGUUCUUGGUGUCGGGAAGCUGGGGUGGCGAGGACGUCGUACUGUACAAGAAGUACAAUCAGACGGAGCUGGAGAUUGUUCGCGCGCCCGACCCAGGUCUCGUGCAUAUCUACCACCGCAAGCAGUGCGACCGCACUUUGCUGGGCAAGAAGUACCACUCGUGUAUGGGCUCCCUGAGGCACAGUGAGGCGUCCAUGGAGACCUGGGCCCGCUUCGUGCAGCAGCUGAAGGCGGCGGCGGACGAUUCGACGGCCGUGCACGACAUGCUGGCGCUGGCGCUGGGGCCGGUCGGCGAGCUGGACGACGACGAAGAGGCGACCACGACCAAGACGAGCGUCAUCUCGCCGCCGACGCGCCGGUAA